AUCUCUUCACUUAUUAAUCGCUUGGUGUUGAGUGGUUAAGUGCAUGUGCAAAAUAAAAAUGUUCGGUUCCAUAAAUUCCAAGAAAUACUUCGACAGAUUUAUACCCGAUAGAAUAAAUACUGACAUAGAUUUAAUGAGAAGCAGUGACGCCGCUGGGUUGCUAAAUAGUCCAGAUGUUCAAAGAACACUUUACCUCCGUUAGAAGCCAAAGUUUUAAACUUUUUCGCCCGAAAAAAAAAAUCAUUGAAUAGUGUUUCCACUCAGUGGAAUGAAACGUGGCCAGUGAAACUACGCAGAAAACCAGUCAUCGUCCACCUGAAAUGAUCCUAGAUACGCCACAAUUUGACUCACAUCUAUGUCAUCAUUUUGCCGACUGGAGUAGCCAAAAUUGGCUAGCUACAAUUUUUGAAAACGAAGUGCACAUGUGGUAUCCAGAUACAGGCUGUCGUAGAGCGACAACUAACACAGGACAAGGAGUUCAACAUUGCGUUAAAUGGGCACCCGAUGGCAGCAAAUUUGCUGUUGGUUUAUUUCCUAAUAGGAUCGGUAUUUGGUGUAUCUUCAGGAAUAAAGCUUUGUCAUGGCACCAUGGAAAGAGCUCAUUGCUUGCUUGUGGAUGUACUGAUGAAGCUUCAGCAGUUCUUCUGUAAGUGCGGAUAAGAAUUUAUGUAUAUGGAAUUUUUUUGGUAAUCCUAGCAUAGAAAUAAAGCAAACACAAGACAACUCCAGACCCUCAAAUUUGCUUUAUCUUUGCAUUAGAUAGACAUUUCAAUCUGUUCCUUUUAGUGUUGAAGGUUUUUAUAUUUUGUUAUCUGUUUACAUUUUUUAACAUUUGUCGAAA